ACCCGAGGACUGCUUAGGCGGCGGCUGCUCCCAAAGCUCAGAGCAGCAACGCGGGGAGCAGAGCUGAGCUGCAGCGCCACCCGGAGCGCCGAGCGCCGAGCGCCAUGUACGACCCGGAGCGCCGCUGGAGCCUGUCGUUCGCAGGCUGCGGCUUCCUGGGCUUCUACCACGUCGGGGCUACGCUAUGUCUGAGCGAGCGCGCCCCGCAUCUCCUCCGCGAUGCGCGCACUUUCUUCGGCUGCUCGGCCGGUGCACUGCACGCAGUCACCUUCGUGUGCAGUCUCCCUCUCGACCACAUAAUGGAGAUCCUCAUGGACCUCGUACGGAAAGCCCGGAGGCGUAACAUUGGCACCUUCCACCCGUUCUUCAACAUUAACAAGUGCGUCAGAGACGGGCUCCAGGAGACCCUCCCAGACAAUGUCCACCAGAUCAUUUCUGGCAAGGUUUACAUCUCACUCACCAGGGUGUCGGAUGGAAAGAAUGUGCUGGUGUCUGAGUUCCAUUCCAAAGAUGAAGUGGUGGAUGCCCUGGUGUGUUCCUGCUUCAUCCCUCUCUUCUCUGGCCUAAUCCCUCCUUCCUUCCGAGGUGAGCGGUACGUGGAUGGAGGAGUGAGCAACAACGUCCCUGUGCUGGAUGCCAGAACCACCAUCACGGUGUCCCCUUUCUAUGGUGAGCAUGACAUCUGCCCCAAAGUCAAGUCCACCAACUUCUUCCAUGUGAAUAUCACCAACCUCAGUCUUCGCCUCUGCACCAGGAACCUCUAUCUUCUGACCAGAGCACUCUUCCCAUCUGAUGUGAAGGUGAUGGGAGACCUGUGCUUUCAAGGGUACCUGGACGCCUUCCGGUUCCUGGAGGAGAAUGGCAUCUGUAAUGGACCACAGCGUAGCCUGAGUCUGUCCUCGGAGGAGAUGGUGCCAGAAGCCUGCUUGGAAAAUGGCAAACUUGUGGGAGACAAGGUGCCAGUCAACCUAUGCCUUACAGCUGUGCCCUGUGACGAGAACAUCUGGGAGAUGCUGUCCCCCAAGCUCAGCACAGCUCUGAGUCAAGCGAUUAAAGACAGGGGGGGCUACCUGAGCAAAGUCUGCAACCUCCUGCCCGUCAGGAUCCUGUCUUACCUCAUGCUGCCCUGCACUCUGCCCGUGGAGUCAGCCAUCGCUGCAGUCCACAGGCUGGUGAUGUGGCUCCCUGAUAUCCAGGAUGAUAUUCAGUGGCUACAAUGGGCGACAUCCCAGGUUUGUGUCCGAAUGACGAUGUGCCUGCUCCCCUCUACCAGAUCCCGAGCAUCCAAGGAUGACCAUCAAACACUCAAGUAUGGACAUCACCCAUCUCUCCACAAACCCCAAGGCAGCUCUGCUGGUUUGUAAAUUGCUGGUCUCUGUGCUUCCAAUGAACUUGGACAGUCUCCCUGUGGAUGGUCCAGGAGAGGCCAAAGCUGAGGGCACCCUGCCUUCCACCCCAGGUCCAGCUUGACCUUUAUCUGGAGCAACAGUGUCUAGAUGACGGGUGGGUGGGGAUGCUAUACUGUUUCCCUCUGGGAAGGGUUCUGUUACUUUCAGAGGCAGCUAGGAAGUCUCUCUCCAGGAGCUGAGCCUGUGAGGCUGCCCCCUGGUGCUCUGUGGUGACCUCAUUGCCUGUGACCUCAGGAUCACGGGAGCUAGGCUCUAUUGGUAGUUCAUAGAAACCAAAGACAAUAAUUUGGUGUUUAGAAAGCUACUUUUGGUCUGGGUGAAGUCUGGUGCUUCAGAGCUAGUGCAAAGAGGACAGUCAAACUGUCUCUCAGCCCAUGAAUCAGGGAUUCCGAGGGCAUCAGUGUUUGGAAACAGGAAUCCAAACUGGGCAAUCUCGUGCAAUCUCGUAAGGAAUCUUGUUUAGGAAGUGUGAUAGGACAGGCUGUGGCUAUCUCUAAAAAGAGCCUACCAGAUAACUUACUAUUUUCGGGGACACCUUUGGCUCUUACUAAAAUAGUUUAUAAAGAAUUUUGUAUAAACACACCAGGGAAUGUGUAGUGAACUACAUGUAUGAUCAGUGUACUGUGACUAGAAUUAACCUUUGGGUUAUUUGGGGACGGAACAACACAGGUAGGAAACUCAGCGGACCUCUGCCUCCUCAGCCGCAACUUGAACUUGGCUUGCUUUCUCCACUGUCUCCAAAUCUUUGUAUAGUCAUCAACCAUUACCACCUCUCUCCUUUCCCAUCUACUACACCAGCCUUAAUGGGGAUAAGUACCCACUUUUCUCAGGUGUCCGUACACAGCUGUGGGUGUGUCAUGUGUUUCCUGUAAUUCAGACGUUAGACUAGAACAUACACAAGCAAGCGGACAAACAAGCAAGCAAACAAAAGAAACAAGGUGUUGCUCAUCCAUACUCCUGAGUGUUGACAGUGAAGGUGUGCGUCUCCCAUGCCUGAGUCUCCUAGAGACUUAGUGAGGUCCAGGUCUAUGCAAGCACUUCCAGGGGAAUCACAUAAUCUCAGCAGGGUUGAUCCUGAUUGGAUAGGAAAGGACUCUGGGGGAGAGAAUGUGGUUCCAGAGAAGAAGUGUCUAGGCUACACAGAAGAUAAGGACUAUCCCAAGGAAAGAAAACCAGCCAGGAGCUGGGGUGCAGCUCAGUUGUUAGAGCUUCUCUAGCAUGCAUGCAGCCCAGGGUCCAGUUUCAGCACCAUAUAAACAGUGGAUUGACAGGCAGUGACAUAUGCCUGUAAUCCCAGCACUCAAGCAGUAGAGACAAGAGGAUCAGAAGUCAAGGUCAUCCUCGACUACUUAAGAGAGUCGGAGACCUGCCUUGGCUAAAUGAGACCCUGCCUCAAAAAGACAAAAAAAAAAAAAAAAAGAAAAAGAAAAAGAAAGAAAGAAAGAAAGAAAGAAAGAAAGAAAGAUAGCAGAAACUUCUACCUUGCUUUGAGCUGCCCCUUUCUGGAAGUUUCUCAUCAGUAGAAACUUCCUGCCACCUUAUCAGACAAAACUCCCACUGGUUUGGAGUCCUUCCAUUCUCAGGAACAUCAGGUGUCACACAGUGACCAGCAGGGAGCAGUGUGUUGAUUGGUAAGCCCUUAGCAAAGCUGGUUUAUUUGGUUAAAAGUGGGUGUGUUUAUGCAAAUGAGCAUACAAAUUAGUCGACUAGCAGAAGGAUUGAAUGGAUACACCAAAAAUAACUACAAUUGUUUAAGGGAAAAGGGUCCAUAAUAAAUGUGGGGGACAAAAA